GCUAAGAGCUGCAACAGAAUUCGAUUUUCCAAUGCCCGCUAUUUUCUAUCAUUCGGAGGAGAGUGCGGAUCCUAUUUCGUCGCCGCCUCAAGCUCAACGCCAUCGGGGUUUUCGAGCCAAAAGCACUUAGUGAGCGACAUUGAUAGAGAGGCCUGAUGCAAUUACAUAAGGUAAUCCUAGCACAACCACAUCGGGGGGCCUGAAACUUUAUGGAGCCAAUGAUGUCGCGAGUCAAGUUUGCCCGGGAGGGGCACAAAUAACUAGCCUUCCCCCAUUCCUAACCCUCCUGGAACUGCGCGAAAUAAUUCACACGUUCCUCUCACCGCAAAAUGGGGAAAUACGCUCGCCGCAGACGAGGCACGAUGUUUGAAUUCGAAAAGCCUACCGUGGGAGAUGAAUGGUUCUAUUUCUUCAAGAGGGCGGAGGUAAUCCUGCAGAAUGCCGAAGCCCAGAAGGGCAAGAAGCCCCGUAAUAGGCCUUCACGGUCGCAGUAUCUCUUCGGCCAUAGUUUGUUUCACAAUGAUACCAAGGAGGGGUUGAAAACCGAAGGGCGGUUUGACGAGAAGCUCGGGCUUGCGAGCACCAUAACUUACAACGAGCACCCGCCUUGCACCGUCCCGUUUUCCACCCUCGAGAAGAUACUCCUGGACGAUUUAAGGCUUGAAAUUGCGCAUCGGGGGAGCUAUAUAAUACUUAGGGCGAUCGUCGAUCCGAACAAGUACGUUUCCUUGACGAUAAUUGCUGAAGACGAGAGCGGAGAUGUGCAGUUGGUGCAGAUAUACAAUCAGGAUGAUCGCAGAUCUCAAGUCAGCAUUAUGCCCGAGGGGCAGGUCUUCAUUGUCAAGGAGCCAUAUUUCAAGACGACCUCCAGCGGCGAAACGAGCAUCCGCGUUGAUCACGUCUCCGACAUCAUCUUCUUGGACGGUGAAGAUGAUAGGAUUCCGGAGGAGUGGCGGCCAAAACUCAAGCUGUUGGCGAGGAGAUCCUUAGAUUGGAAGAAUGACGGGAAUAGGUUUUAUAAAGAGGAACGGUAUUUUGAAGCCGCUAAAUGGUAGGUGCUAAAUCGUGAAAGCCAUAAGGUUCAUUUCCCAAGAGUGGCUAUUGAGCACACCCCUACCGCGGGGCUAAUAUAUACCCCUGGCCGAGUUGGUGCUUGCCUACAGUCAGCUCUUGGCCCUCAUGAGGGGCGCAUCCCAACACAUCUUAUCAAAAUUAUUCAAGGAUGGCUCUGCUAAAGUCUUAAAGUUACACUAAAGGCCUCGAAAUCGCUGAACCCUGUUCGGCAUCCGCCAUUGUCCUCCUUCUUAACCGUGCCCAGACAUACCUAGAACUGGGCUACAACGAGGAGGCCCUUGCAGACGCGGACAGGGCCCUCUCAUACGAACCAGUGAAUCAAAAGGCCCUUUAUCGCAGCGCAGUUGCUUGCUACGAGGACGGUGACUACGAGUCUGCAAAAACCCGCCUUGUGAAACUACUGAAGGAGUUUCCGGAAAACAAGAGCGCGAAGGAAAGGCUCCUCCGAACAUUCCAGCGUUUGCAAGAGCAACGACGGGGGAGAUAUGAAUUCUUAAAAAUGAGAAACGAAGUUAAGGCAUGGGGGAACAAAAGAGGUAAGCUCGACUGCGCAGAAUAUGUCGGACCAGUCAGGGUUGGGGACGCGGGACCCAAGGGGAGGGGGCUAUUCGCUACUCGGGACGUGAAGUUUGGGGAACUGCUGCUCUGUUCGAAGGCUUUUCACGUUUGCCACAAGGAGACUGCGGGUGCUAAGCUUAAUAUUCUGUUCAACCUCAAGGCCCGGAAGGGACAGGCCGGCACGCACUCACAACUUGUCCAGGAACUGAUACAAGUGCUGUACCAUAACCCGAAGAAAGCGAAGAAGUUCUACGAACUAGACAGCGGAGAUUAUAAGAGAGUUCGAGGGGGAAUAGUGGAUGGGUUGCCGGUCGUCGACUCGUAAGCGCUAACCAACCUGCUAAAGGGCUCCAGAUUGCUAAUAAUUAUCAGACACCUAGUGAUGCGCAUCAUGCUGAGGAACUGUUUCGAUUGUACGCGUCUUAGUUCUAUCGAUGAUCCCCUCGAGAACCUAUUCAAAGAAAAAACAGAGGUGGAAAAAAAGAUCGCAGAGGAGUCACCCACUGGCACCGCCGGGGGCUCAGGGCUCUGGAUAAUGCCCUCGUAUAUCAACCACUCCUGCUGGCAAAAUUCCGCCCGCGCCUUCCUCGGAGACCUCCUAAUAGUUCGCGCGGUAAGGGACAUCCCGGAAGGGGAGGAGAUCACCCUCAAUUACCUGGAGAGCGAAUGCGACGUCCAAACACGCCAAAAACAGUGCUUCUCCGGAUGGGGCUUCAACUGCAAAUGCACCCUCUGCGAGAUCGAAGCCGCCGAACCGCAGGAGCUCCAAGAUAAGCGCAAAGAGCUGCUAGAGAAAUCAGAAAAAUUUCACCAUUACCUCAAUCAGUCGAAGGAGAAGAUGGAAUCGGGAGUGGCGCCCAUGAUAAAGCUGAUAAAGGGCAUGGAGGCAACAUACACCCAGCCCGAAUUCAUCCAUCCCCGCGUCCCGCUACUCUCGCCAACACAGGUUCUGCAGUCCUUCCUCGUGAGCUUGGAGCGCCCGCCGGAAGUUUACAACCUCGCGAAGCACGCGUUGAACGGGUUGGGCUUCAAGAUCGCGAUCAAGAGGGGGAGGGCGGUGAUCGAGAGAUAUGGCUACAUGUAUUAUCAGACCCUCAUCCCGUUCAUUCAUGUCAUCACGGCGGGCGCGAUGACGGGCGAUAUUGGGACCGCAAUGUUGUGGAAGGAUAUUGCGAUAAAGGUCUACGAAGCGGUUGUCGGCGAGAGGGAGAGCUUUUUCGAUGUUUAUGGGAGGGCGCUCUUGCAGGCUGGGGUACCAUGCGAUUGAGUUUUUUUAGUUUUUAGUUUUUUUUUGUCUUUGCGAUGCCUCCAGUAUUCUUAAAGCACUACUUUUUUUUUUAUUUUUUUUUACUUUUUUCCAUUCUUCCACUUUUGCCUUCGGAGUGUGGUUUACCGGUAUUGUUCUUUCUUAGCGUCGAGUCAUACACGUUUGUUAUUUCUACCGUAUCGCAUCCCCCUACCAGUAUUCUAUUCUAAAGACCGCGACUCCAAGGAGAGUAAAUUCAAAUUACCGAUUGUUUUUUUUAAUCUCUCAGUCUGCCGUGUUAGAAAUUCCCUACACUGACCCACUUUUUUUUUAUACCGUGGUUCGCAGGGCAUUUUUUUUAGGGAGGAGGUCCAGACACAUUCAUAUGCACUCACUCGAACCUGGACCAUUAUUCACUGUUCGUAUAAGGGUUCUUUCUCCUCUCAGAUGCUUCUUUCCGAUCUUUUAUCUUCCUUCAAGUCUGGUCCCACUUGGACUAGCACAUGUUGUUCCUUUUGUUGUUUCUGAAUGGUUUCUUUGAAGAUUUUUGUUUCUGAGUUCUUUACUGCGAGUAUUGAGGAAUCUAGGUGGUGAUAGCAGAGUGGAAACACUUCGCUAUGUAGCUGAACCGUAUUCUCCUAGUGGUUUGAAUAGCAUUGGUUCCUUCUCUAAUUCUAAAUUACUCUUUCAUUAUUCUUACUUCUCCAUGCAAAGCAAUCGCAUAUUGCUACACUCCAUGUUACCUCCAGAGCCCAGAUCUCUCAUUUCCAUUGUACAACGGACAUUCCCACACCACCACCAAAUCGCAUCGGAGAACCCCCCGAUACUACCCACGCAUUGCAACAAGCCAAUAUCGCCCAAGAUAUAUAUCCCAUACUCCC